AUGAAAAUCGGGAAACGUCGGUCGGAAUACGUGUCCAGUGAUGCCGCAGGGCAGUAUGUUCAGGAAGAUGGUUGCAGUGUUCCGAAAAUGACUCGGAACGAUGACUCUGUGGAGAGUUCGGAGCAUCUGAUAUCUGUGCGAGAUGAUGUUGUGUAUCACAGUUCCGGGGCUGAGGUAGUUGUGAGGAACGAGAAUGGCGAAGAGCAGACACUGAGUGAUAUCUCGCGCUGCGCUCCUCCUGGCAUUGCUUACGAAAGGCCGCAAUCUGCAAUCCAUUCAGACCACUGUAAAGUGCAUCAGCAGCACUGCAGUGUGCAGCCGCAGUGCUGCGACGUUCAAGAGCUGCCUCUCUCGAAUGGUCCAACUGAUCGAUCGUCGAGCUCUUUGGAAAUAAAAAGUGAUGUCAAAAAUGAGACGUGCUGUACUAAAGAUGCACCUGGUCUGCUAACAGAUUUGAAUAAUGCACUGAAUCCUAGCGACGCAGAAUUUUUUGACCCUUAUCGUUCAAAGGGACGUCCACGAGGUCCGAAACAUCCAGUGUGGAACUUCUACAAAUUCUGCAAGUCUGGUGGAGUGACGUUGGGCUAUAUGUGCCUUUUGUGCAAUAGCGGCUUUACUGGUCCCCCAAACACAACCAAUGCCACGAAGCAUCUUCGUUGCAAACACAAGCAUGAGCAUUUACUGUUUUCUGACUUGCUGGAGGGCGUGAAACGUGGAACAGUUCUUGGCGACGUUCAUCAGUCUGUUCGUGAGAGAGAACUUAAAGCCGAGACACUUGGCUCAGAAGAAAACGCCAGUGAAGCUGCGCAUUCAGGAUACGGAGCUGCUGACGUCAGCGAUGGUCAGCUGUUUAUAUUUGUACUUAUUUCUUAA